GGUAUAGUUUCUUUUUUUGACAAAUAUAGUUCAUUUCCAUUUCCAAAGAAAUUUUGAAGAAAAAACCUUUAAAACAAUUUAAAAACGAAAUUCGAAAACUUUUAAAAUCAAAAAUAAAAACUCCACAAAGCUGCAAUAGUUUUACAACACAAAAAUGUUGUAGACAAAAAGUGAAAAAAUUGAUUUUUUCUUCGACGUGUUCUGUAAAAAAGUGCUCGCAAGUCGCAACUAAAAAAGUGUUGGUUUUCUCCAGUUGUGUACCUUUAGUGUGUCUUCUUGAAAUAAAAUUAAUUGGAAGACGGGAAAACUAUUUUUUCAUGCAAUUCAGUGGUAAUCAUCAAAGUUGCGACACCAUCAUCAUCAUAACAUCAUCCCCCGACGACCGAAGACGUCGAUCACCUCAGUCAAAGCCAGAGGAGGAGAAAUAAGUAAUAAUUAUUCGAGUGAAAGUAACAUUUUUUUUUGUCACGCAGAAAUAGAUCCCGAAGUGGACUUAAUUUGUGAAGGAAAUGUCUUCGUCAAAUAAUCAAUCGAGCCAAAACCAGGCCGCCACUGCUGGGGCUAGUCAAUCGCAAUAUUCAGCUCAGCAAUCAAAUCAGACGGCAACGGCAGCAAAACCAAAACACGAUGAACCAUCGACCCCAGAUGGAGCUCAGCCACAGAUAAUUAAAAAAGCCUCGCUAACAGGAACUAAGGACCGCGUAGUAGAUAGUGUGCCAUUUCCCCCCAGUCAUAAAUUGACCAUUGCUGAGAUAUUCGAUGCCAGGACAGGUAAGCCUCAACCCGAUGUCCUCAAGCAGCACUUUAUACUCGAAGGUCGCAUAGAGGAAGCGCCAGCGUUACGUAUCAUCCGCGAAGGUGCUGCAAUUUUGCGAUCGGAGAAGACUAUGAUCGAAAUCGAAGCACCAGUUACGGUCUGCGGCGAUAUACAUGGACAAUUCUAUGAUCUCAUGAAGUUAUUCGAGGUCGGUGGAUCGCCGGCCUCCACUAAGUACCUCUUCUUAGGCGAUUACGUUGAUCGAGGUUACUUUAGUAUCGAGUGUGUGUUGUAUCUGUGGGCCCUGAAAAUUUGCUACCCCACGACGCUCUUUUUACUGCGGGGCAACCACGAGUGCCGUCAUUUGACGGAGUAUUUCACCUUCAAACAAGAAUGCAAGAUAAAGUACUCAGAAUGCGUGUACGAUGCCUGCAUGGAUGCAUUCGACUGCUUGCCUCUGGCAGCUCUGAUGAAUCAACAAUUCCUAUGUGUCCAUGGUGGGCUCUCGCCGGAGAUUCACGAACUCGAGGACAUUCGUCGUUUGGAUCGGUUCAAAGAACCACCAGCAUUCGGACCCAUGUGUGAUCUCCUCUGGUCCGAUCCUCUGGAGGACUUCGGCAAUGAAAAGAACUCCGAAUUCUACACUCACAACUCGGUCCGCGGCUGCUCGUACUUUUACAGUUAUGCCGCAUGUUGUGACUUUCUCCAGAACAACAAUUUGCUCUCGAUUAUACGAGCUCACGAGGCGCAAGACGCCGGCUACCGAAUGUAUCGCAAAAGCCAAACCACUGGCUUUCCCUCACUCAUCACGAUAUUUUCCGCACCCAAUUACCUGGAUGUCUACAAUAACAAAGCGGCCGUUCUUAAGUACGAGAACAAUGUAAUGAACAUCCGGCAGUUCAACUGCUCACCCCAUCCCUACUGGCUGCCCAACUUCAUGGACGUCUUCACUUGGUCUUUGCCGUUUGUAGGUGAAAAGGUCACCGAGAUGCUAGUCAACGUCCUCAACAUAUGCUCGGACGACGAGCUGAUGACUGAAAGUGAUGAGGAUCCACUAACCGAUGCCGAAGACGCUGCCCUCCGCAAGGAAGUCAUCCGCAAUAAGAUCCGUGCCAUCGGUAAAAUGGCACGCGUCUUCUCUGUUCUGCGAGAGGAGUCUGAGUCCGUAUUGCAAUUGAAAGGACUCACCCCAACUGGAGCCCUGCCCUUGGGUGCACUUUCCGGUGGCAAGCAGUCACUGAAAAACGCCAUGCAAGGCUUUUCACCCAACCACAAAAUCACAUCGUUUGCUGAGGCAAAGGGUCUAGACGCCAUCAAUGAGCGAAUGCCACCAAGAAGGGAUGCCCCACCCACACCUAUAGACGAUCAGAAGUCCACAACCCAGCAGUCCAUCAAUGGGUAAUUAGUUUAGCAUAACUGAAGUUCCAGUAAGCAAAUCGUGUUUCAUUGUUGUGAAUUCGGGGUAUACUGUACUUUAUUACUCUUAUUAAUUUUUUAUAUAUACAUUUCUUACCAUAAACUUAGGAAAAUAUUGAUAAAGAUAAAAGGUUUUCUCUCAGUUUCGAAUUUGUGUCCUUAAAACAAAAUUUUAUUAAAAACAAAAAAAAAACAAAGUUAUUUCGUAUAAAAUUUUUAUCAGAAGUUGGUGUUCCUUAAAAUAACUUUAAUUUAAGAUUCUUUUUAAUUUAAAACUUAAUUUUUUUUUCUUUUCUUUUGUUUUGUUUUAAUAAAUAUUUUAUUUUUGUAUUAUGUUCUAUCAUUUUUUAUCGAUGUAUACAAUUUCAUUAAUUUAUUUUAAAUAAAACAAAAAAGAAAGCAAAGUGUGUAUUUUUAGAUUUUUUCUCUAGCUAAAUUUUUACCUUUAAAGAAAACAAAAAAAAAUGCUUAUAUACAUAAUCGUAUAUAAAAUAACAAAUCUAUAGACAUAUUAUAUAUAUUAUAAAAAAAAAAGUUAUUUAAAUUUACAAACAAAAUACAAAAAAAAAACUAACAAAAACUCUUAAGUACAUAAAACAUUAACAUGCAAAAUAUUAAGUUAAAUAUAAAAUGAAAGCGCGCGCCAAUCGCCUACAGGAAGACAGAGCAAGAGAGAGGGAAAGCGAGAGAGAGGCACAUGCUUUCCAGUAUGUUACACACACCCCCGCAACCAGAACAUAUUUAAGAAACUCAAAUUAUAUUUAUGAUGUUAUUUAAAUAUAAGAUAUAAUUAACAAACAAAAUAGGCCAAUUAGCUAAAAUCAUUUUUUUCAAGUUUUCUGUUUUCUAAAAGACAAUGGUAAACAAAAAUGUAUCCAGAAAUGUAGUGCAAUCUUUUUUUUACUGGCUUUAUUAAAGAUUUAUAAUAAUUUCUUCAUUUUUAUUUA